AUGAUGACACCCAAGUUCCACAACCUUCUCGCCCUUGCCUUUGUCGCCAUGGCCAUGCUCCUGGCUUUCACCUCGGCCGCCUCCAGCACAACGGCCGUCGCGGCCACGACGGGCCGCGCGACGGCGACGGGCACCGCGGCGGCGACGGCGAAGGCGACGGCCUCGGCUUCGGCCUCGACCACCAAGAAAAGCGCGGCCAUCAAGGCCAACGACCCGACCCUGCUCGCCGUCUCCAUGGUCGCCGGCCUCGUCGCCUUGAGCCUGACCUUGUCCUAG